CCUAAUCUAUUCUCUUUUAGCUCUCUCUCUCUAAUUAUUGUAACAGCCUCGAGACCCUCUUCUCAAUCCGAGAGGUCUCCUCGCCUGCAACAUUGGUAUCAAAGCUCUGAUCUUGGAUCGGAGGCCUGGCGUUGAUGGCAACACUGGAUGAAGCGCUCAAAGCUUUGAUCGAUCAGGAGAAGCUGUUCUCGCGCCAGAUGGAGGAUCAAAAUAGGCGGAUUGAUGAUCAACAACAGAUGUUCAGUCAGAUGAUGGAGCAAAUUAAAUCGAUCACAAGUAGAGUGUCAUUGCACCCAGAAAGCGAUCUGGAUCACAUGAGAAGGAGGGACACUUCAACUCACAGAUAGCUCCACUUUAAUCCCAAGGUAGAAUUUCCCUAAUUUGACGGAUCUAACGUGAGAACUUAGAUUAAGAAAUGUGUGAAAUACUUUAUGUUGUGCCAAAUUCCGGAUGAGAAGAAGGUAGAUCUAGCCUCCCUAUAUAUGAUUGGAAAAGCUGAAGUAUGGUAUCAUAGUUAUACAAUAGGGAGGGCCAAUAUUGCUUGGGAAGACUUUGUGGUAGAUGUUAGCACCAGGUUCAAAGAUGAAUUGGGGUCGAAAAUAGUGGAGGAAUUCAAUAAGUUACAGCAGAUGGGAAAUCUAGAGGAUUAUAUAGACAGAUUUGAGGAGUUGAGGGCUUGUUUAUUGCAAAAAAAUCCUCUGCUGCUAGGUGAUCAUUUUUUGGACAGCUUUAUAGGGGGACUCAAACCUCACCUUAAGGCAUUUGCAAGAGCUCUCAAACCUAGGACGUUGGACGAAGCUAUUGAUUAUGGUAGGUGUCAGGAGGAGACGGUGUCUGCCAUUAAAGGACAAGAAAAGGGCAUCAAAUCUAAGUUUACUAAGAAGGGCAUUCUACCAACACCUGUAGCCAAACCGGUGAGUUCUGUUCCUAUAGCAACCCAACCUAAGUUCAUUCUCGCUGCAAUCAGGGCUGAAAAGAUAGCCAAAGGACUCUGUUAUUAUUGUGACAAGCCCUUUGAAAAGGGGCAUAAAUGUUCUGGCAGGGGAACACAACUGUUUCUUGUAGAGGUGCCUGUAGAUUUAGAGAUAGAGGAGUUGGAUUCUCAAGACUCAGCAUACCAAGUGGAAAGCGACAACCCCUUGAUCUCAGUAAAUGCCAUCAGUGGCAAUCAAGGGUUCCAAACCAUGAGGGUGACAGGGUAUUAUGGACUGAAGCCUUUGCAUAUCCUCAUAGACUCGGGCAGUACUCACAACUUCUUGGACAUCUCCUUAGCCAAGAAGUUGGGAUGUACGAUUGAUUCCAUUGCAGCCAAAUCAGUGAUAGUUGCAGAUGGGAACCAACUUCAGUGCAAGUUUAUGUGCCUUGGGUUUGAAUGGAGACUUCAGAGAACCACCUACCAGUCUGACAUGUUGUUGAUUCCACUAGGGGGAUGUGAGAUGGUGUUGGGCGUGCAGUGGCUAAGUAUGUUGGGUCCAGUGAAGUGGGAUUUUAGUAAAUUAGAGAUGGAUUUUUCUUAUAAAGGACACAGACAGGUUCUAAGGGGCAUGAAACAUCAGGUAGCUGAAGCCAGACCUAACAACUUAACCAAGAUUCUAAACAAUUCUAGUCAGUUAUGCUUGUUGCACAUCUACACUUCAUGUGAGGAUAAUACUAGUAAACAACAAGAGAACACUUCAGAGGGAACUCCUAUUCUCAUGCAAGAGCUAUUGGAAGAGUACGAGGACCUGUUCCAAGAACCCCGAGGACUACCACCUUACAGAGGAGUUUUCGACCACACUAUCCCACUACAACCUAAUGCCAGCCCAAAAUCCUAUGCUUGGCACUCUCUACCAUUGAUUCUUCAUUGCUCGAAGACAUUAAAGGAAGUUGGCAGAAUGACUCCACACUUCAAGGAUUUAUACAAAACUUACAGCAAAACCUACCAGUACACCAUUAUACUUGGAAAAAUGACCAGCUGAGGAGGAAAGGCAAAUAGGUCAUAGGGGCUAGUGAUACACUCAAAGCUAAGUUACUUCAAUGGGGACAUUCCUCACCGGUAGUAGGACACUCCGAGGAGGAAGCUACAUGGGAAUGGUCUGAAUCCUUCAUGCAACGCUUUCCCGAUUUCCAGCUUUGAGGACAAAGCUAAAGCUAAGGAGGGAGGAAUGUUACGGGUGUUAGCCCAUGGGCCACUCCACGGCCCAUUUGCACUAGUUAUUGUUUUCUUAUUUCUUGUUUAUGUAUAAUCACUCAAUAUGAGACCUGAUAUAUGUUGAUGGAGGAUUUGGAGAUUAAAUAGAAAAGUUAUUA